UUUUCUUGAAACGUUCGUUCUAGGGAAUUUUUUUUCUCUUUUACCUUUUUUCUUUUCUCCUUUUUUUUUCAUGUUUGUUUUUUCUUACACUAGUUUCCCGAGCACAUUUCUACCGGUUCGCAUAAACUAUGAUAUUAUUUCCUUACGAAUGUAAUACGAUAUCGUAUCAUCGCGUUAUUGUAAAUAAUUGCAACAAUGUUAAUACUACGGAAAUAUCGACGAACGACGUAACCAACUUCAAAUCAUUCCUAGUUAGAUAUGUUUAUAUACGAGGUUAAUUUAAAAAGUUUGGAGGAUUCAUUCAUAGAUGGUGAUUAUGUAUAAAUAUCAUUACGUAUUAAAAAACAUCUAUUUUAUGUAUAACCUUAAAGUUUUGAAGUUGUUCCGUCGUUCGUAGUUUCUUUGAAAAACGAAAUUUGACUUUUCUGUUAUCGAAAUUAAAAAAAUUUAUUGGUGAUCAACGAUUGUUGUUAGAUGAUGAUAGCGAUAGUAAACAGUUAUUUUGAAAAACUUUAAGAAACAAACUUGCAAGAUGGUAUAAAAACACUAAAGUAUCGUGCAUGAUGUGCAUGCAGUUGACAAAGAUUAUAUUAAAAAAUAAAAGCAAUUGAAAACUCGAAAUAAUAUAUUUUCAUUCGUAAGCUGUGAUUUGUCAAAUUGCCCAUUUGUGUGUGUGUGUGUGUGUGUGUGUGUGUGUGUGUGUGUGUGUGUGUGUGUGUGUGUGUGUAUGUAAUGUAGUAUACUCAUUUCAGAUAAUCAUUAUAUUGACUUAUUAGUUUGUAUUCCAUUGUUGCAUUAAGUAUAAAUACUUUGACUGUUCUUUUAACAUUACGUCACUUAAAAAAAUUAAUAAAUAUUAACCAUGAUCGACUUCUUUCGCUAACUUUUUUUAUUUAUCUAUGCAUAGAAUAUAAAACAAAAAAAGAAGAUAUCGAUGUAAUUUUUUUAACUUUUUAUGUAAUGCAAACAUUGUUAUCAAUGACUUUUUACAUCUUAUAGCAAACUUAGCAAAAAUAUAUUUCCUGCGAUUCAAGCGCCUGCAAAAUUUAAAUUAUUUCUAACCGCGAUAAUUUGAAAUUUGUCAAAAAAAAUUUUAUAAACUUUUAACAAAUUUUUUAACGUUAUGUUUUCUAUGACAUUGCUAUUUCUUACAAAUAUUGGCGACUAAAAUGAUCUUCGUCGUUGAAAAUGAUUAUUAUAUAAUAAUUGAAUCAAAGGUUGGUUAUGCAUUUACAAAAGAUUCCAUAUACAAAAUCCUAAACAUUUUAAAGAAUUAAAAAUAUAUUUAAUUAAAAUCAAACUUAUUAAAUUUCAUAUCGAUAUUAAACAUUAUCUAUUACCUUGAAUUGACAUUUCUUCUUACAUGAAGAAAUACAUGUAAUAUUUAAGGUUUCUAAAUCCAAUGGAUACUCGGGAAGAUCAAAAUAUAUCAAAAGAUCAUGAAAAAAAAACAUUAAAAUGUGCAGACCAAGCAGAAAUACUUCGGUCUUAUCAAAGGGAUAUAGAUUUUAUAUCACAAUUACAAGAAAAGCUUUCCAAUUUAUUACAUGAUUUGAAGAAUUAUAGAACCUUAUUUCGAUAUCCAAUUUCUGAUAUCCCAGCUAGAUUGAUAUAUUUUGUUUUUACAUCUGGAAUGGGCAAUCAAACUUUAGGCGAAGAAUAUACUGGAAUUGUACAAGCUAAUCUUAAAAAUUAUAGUGUUCCAUCUUUAAAUGCAAGGAUUAUCAGUAUGAUUCUUGAAUAUUUUGGAGAAAGAACAUUGUUGAAAGGAUUGGACGUAUUACAAAGAUAUGUUAAUGAUCCUUGUAAUCAAUUAACAGAGCAGUCGGUUAAAUUGUUUAAUUGGAUUUUAACAACAUUACAGUCAAUAAUACCUUUACUUAUAUUAAUCCAUAAAGGUUUUUUUUAUAUCUCUGGUAGAUAUUACAGUUUAGGUAAAAGAUUAACUAAAAUAGAUUAUGCAAAGGUUUAUGGUAGUUCAUCGAUGGAUAAAGUUAGUUGGGGUUUAAGGUUGCUUGGGAUUAUAACUUUAAUGCAAACUGUAUUAAGAAUAUGGCAAAAUGAAUCGCAGCAGAAGAAUAACGAAGAACUUAUAAAGUUAACAGAAACAGAUGUGCAUAAAAACUGUCAGUUGUGUACCGAAGCAAUAUCAACAACUGCAACUCCCUGUGGUCACACAUUUUGUUGGCCUUGCAUUAGUAAUUGGUUGCGUAAUAAACCACAAUGUCCCUUUUGUAGAGAAAAUGUUCCACCCCAAAGAAUAGUAUAUUUAAUGAAUCUAUAAUACAAUAUAUAAAUUAUAUAAAUUUUUAUAAAAUAUUUUGUUAUAAAAGUCGAAUUUUUGAUUUUUGCUUAUAAGUAAAUGACAUUAAAACAUUUUUUUUUGUGAUAAAGCUGUAUUGUGCAGUAUACUGAAUAUUAAUAAAACUCGUUAAAAUGAGCAGAGAA